AUGCCACCGCUACCUACGCAACGUCCGUAUAUGGAGAUCACCGAGCAGCCACAUCCGAAGGCGCUACGCUUUCGCUAUGAGUGCGAAGGUCGCUCAGCCGGAUCGAUUCCCGGUGUCAACACGACGGCCGAUCACAAGACCUUCCCGAGCAUACAGGUGCACGGAUAUCGUGGCAGAGCCGUGGUAGUCGUGUCUUGCGUGGCCAAAGAGGGCCCAAACCAUAAACCUCAUCCACACAAUCUGGUCGGCAAGGAACACUGCAGGAAGGGUGUUUGUACCGUAGAGAUCAACAGUACCACCAUGAGCUACAACUUUAACAACCUCGGCAUCCAGUGCGUUCGGAAAAAGGACGUCGACGAUGCGCUCAAACUACGACAAGAGAUCCGAGUCGAUCCAUUCCGAACCGGAUUCGCUCACGCCAAGGAACCGGGCUCCAUCGACCUCAAUGCCGUCCGGCUGUGCUUCCAGGUGUUUCUCGAGGGACAGCAGCGUGGCCGGUUCACGGAACCGCUGGCGCCCGUCGUCUCGGACAUUAUCUACGACAAGAAGGCGAUGUCGGAUUUGAUCAUCUGCCGGUUGAGCGAUAGCACGGCCCCGGUGUGUGGCGGCAAGGAGAUCAUCUUGCUGUGCGAAAAGGUCGUCAAGGAGGACAUCAAGGUGCGGUUCUUCGAAAAGAAGGGCAACAUGACGGUGUGGGAGAAUUACGCCGA